UUGUUGUGCCCGCAGAGAAAGUGGGUUUUUGCAGGAUCAAUCAGGCGGAUUGAUCCAAAUUGCUAUUCUAUCGGUGAGGAAGGGGUUGACUGGUGGGGAGUUGUCUAUGUGUCCACCCUCGCCUGGGUGAUAGCUCCACCACAGAAGACCGAUCCCCCGGUUAAAGUCACAGUCGAUGACUUGUAAAGGAUUUUGGAGGACGACGAGAAGAUCGACAGCAUCAGCUCACCUGAAGACUCAACUCGCUCUCUCUCUCUCUCUCCAUCACUACUCAACUAAAUACCACGAACUGAACUGAACUUUACUCAACAUCCAUUUCCUGCGAUUGGAGCGUGUCGCUGGCAACUUGUCAGCAACGCUCCUCCAUUCCCAUGACACGGAGACCCGAGCCCCCAUGAACAUGGCCGUGGCCGGAGAUAUUCUGGCCAUUGGACAAGACUCCACUUGUCACAUCCUCCAAAUCCAUGAAGAGAAACGGAAACCUGUCGAGCCAAAAAACAGCAAAAAAGAGGAAACGGUGAAGAAGAUGGAAACAAAGAAGCGAAGACAAGCCACUAAAACGAGUAAUGCAAGUGGGGACAUGCGGAAUGAGAGUGCGGAGAUUGUGGUGGAACCACUUCACGUUGUCCACACUGACUUCAGUUCAGACGCCCUUCAGAAGAGUGUUCGUUUUAACCAGGAGCACUCCAUUCUCGUAACCGGUGGUGUGGAUGGAUGUAUUCGGCUAUGGGAGUUCCCAAGUAUGAAGAAAUGUUUUGACUUCCAAGCUCAUGAAGGAGAGAUUGAAGAUUUGGACAUUAGCCCUGACAAUAAGAUAGUGACUGUGGGACGAGACUUUAAGUGUUGCGUUUGGAAAAAUGACCAGUUAGUGACAGAACUAUGCUGGAAUGAAAACAUGCCUCAGAUUACAGACAAGAUGUACCGAUAUCAAGCAUGCAGGUUUGGGAAGGUUGAGGAUAAUAAGGAAGCUCUCCGUCUCUACACUGUGCAGAUUCCACAUAAGCGAGAGCGGAAACCCCUUCAGUGCUACGUCAGCAAGUGGGAUGGGAAUAAUUUCCUGCCGCUUCUCACUCGGCCCUGUGGCAAUGAGGUGAUCUCUGCAAUGGCAGUCAGUGAUUUGGGAACAUUUCUAGGACUUGGGACUGUGACUGGCUCUGUAGCUAUCUACAUUGCCUUCUCUCUCCAGCAAGUUUACUACAUGAGAGAAACACAUGGGAUUGUGGUGACUGACUUGGCCUUCCUACCUGAUGUCCGUCGAGCCAGGGAGAUGACUGGGGAGAGUGAGGCUGCAUUGUUGAGUGUGGCUGUAGACAGCCGAUGUAAAUUGCAUCUGGUUCCCAGCAGGCAACUGUUCCCUGUCUGGGUGGUGAUGCUGCUGUGUGGAUUGAUCAUCGUGCUCACAAUUGUCCUUUUGCAGCACCUGUUUCCUGGACUUCUGUAAUCUUCUUCCUCAGGAAGAUGCUAGUUCAGUUAACAUGAUCCUAGUAGAACUGGACUGAAAUGAACAGCCAUGUUGUGGGCUUCUCAACACUCCUUGUGUAAAAUGAAAUGUCUGUGAGAUAGUGCAGGGAUAUGUUUCGCACUAUGCACAAGGACCUUCUAUUCGCAAUAGCUCCUCAGGCAGUGAAUUCCAGAUACCAGUAACUACAUUUCCUCUGAUAUUGUGCAUCUGUUCACCAGUUAAUCCCCCCAUAAUCAUUUCUGUUUAUUUUUCUCAAUCUCAUUAAAUUGGUCCUAGAUUUUGGAUUCAUUGAUGGAGCCAUUGGAAUUCUGACACAUUUGCGAAUAAGUUGAGAAAUUCCAUGUAAGUCCUGAGUUGUAUUGGAUCAUCAGCAGCCACUGAUCUGACUAACAUAGGUGGAAUUGCAGUGUUCACAGAACAGACUGUAUUCACUUACCCCCACCUUCUGUCCCCUUUACCCUGUCCAUUUUACUUCCCCAGUAUGUAACUACUAAUGGCAAAAAGUAUGAGGAGCUGGAAUUCCUCCUUUAAAUAACUUU